CAAUUGCCAUGGCAGCUACGUUCACUUCAGGAGCAUUGCUUAAUGAAGCUCAGUCAAAUUUUAUUUAUCCCAUGAAGCAUCGAAUUGAAUCUCGCAAUAAUGUCGCUCCUAUGUUUGCGGAUGAUGGAAUUCCAUUUAGUGAAACUACUUUGAUAACGGAAGACGAUGUUAAAAUUCGAACAUAUGUUUGUAAACCUCAAUCUGAUAAAGAAGCUCGAAAAAGACCAACAAUAUUAAUUUUACAU